UGAGAACCGUGGAAGUAACUAGUGGUAAUGAGCUCUAUUCUCAGGGCUUAAUUUGAAUGUGAAGGGUAUUUAUUCCAGUAUAGAAAGAAGGGAAGAACUGAAAAAAAAAAAAGUUCGUAAGAACAGAGGAUAAUGUUAAAGUAACUAGUGUUAAUGACCUCUAUUCUCAGGGCUUGGGUGCAAGACCAGCCUUGAUAGCUUGAAUGGUGGCGACAUCAGUUUUGAAGGACUUAGCCAAGAUGUUGUCAUCAAUGCCAGUGGCAAACACAGUGUUGGGGAGUGAAACGGUUCCUGGAUUUGCACUGCCAAAAGCGGAGACGGCAACAGCAGAAUUCUUUGCAUCGACAUUGUACUGAAAAUGAACAAGUCCCUUAGGAAACACAAACAUGUCCCCUGCUUGAAGUGUUUGGGUGAAGAGCUUGUUGGUUGUGUCCACAAACCCCACUUGCAGUGAACCAUCAAGGAGGAAAAGCAGCUCUGCAGAGCGAGGAUGGGUGUGAGGUGGAUUGACGGAAUCAGCUGGGAACUCAAGCACAGCAGUAGAAACACUCUGGCCAUUCAGAGCCGGGAAUUCCGCCAGGCUCGCUUUUGUAACCUUGAAGGUUGUGGGCUCAGGUGCCCCCACAAGAGCCCGUAUGCCAGUAAAUGUGAAGAAGUUACCAUCCACAGCACUCAUGUUGGGCGGGAUUAUGAAGUCGGAGACAAUGUCUGGAUCCCCUGCAAUCGCUAUUUGGACAAUGGCAAAUGAAGCUACUAAUAGUGAAAAAAGAAGGCUGAUAAUCCUUGAAGCCAUGGUAGAGAGCUUGAAAUGUAGUGGAGUACCUUGUAGGGGUAUUUCUAUGAUACUUAAAAACCCGAAUGAGGUGUUUGGACUUGGACGAGAGCACUAUUUAUGGAGAGUGGAGGCUCAAGGACAGGCAAUAAGGUUUGUACUUGCCCUUGUCCACAGGCCGGUUUAAUGACAACAAGAGAUGGAAAUUACAAUGUCAUUGUUUUGCACUUGCUUGGUUUUUAUCAAUUUGGUAGUACAAUAUGCUAACAAUUGGUGAUCUGAAUUUAUGUAUGGCCAGUUAGACGGACAAUAUGUAUGGUAUACCAAAAUGGCCCUAUCCUGUUCUCAUUUUUACAUUAGACUGACACAUAUGGAAAACCAAGGCCAUAAAAGAAGGGAUAUAACAAAAAAUGUAGCCAUCACCAUAGUUGAUGGUAGUAAAUAAAAAGUGAGUUGCUAUUCAAUAAAAUCAAACUACACUAUGAUAAGAACGUGGCUCUGUUUUCUGCAAUGCCUUUGUUGAAGAGAGAUUUCACAAGAGAAUGGAUCUGGUUUAUAAGACGGAAGAAUCAUAAUUCUUCCAACUUAGCUUUUUGGUAAGGAGUGAUAAACGAGGAGGCGGCAGCAUGAGAACAUAAAAUGCAGCCGGCCAUUACAAUGCUGAAACCUCACACCAUAUAAAUAGAUGGUUGAAGGCAAGACAGUAGUCAUCCAACAUUCUCAUACGGUCAAGUCGUCUAAGCAUCACUAAAUGGCCUCGACCAUGCUCAGACAUGUUCUUUUCUUCACUAUAGCUGUCUUCGCCACUUCUUGGAUUGCCCAAGCAAGCGAUCCAGAUAUCUUGUCAGACUUCAUAGUCCCGGCAAAUUCUAAUGCCAUUGAUGGCAGUUUCUUUACCUUCACUGGAAUGCGUGGGGUAUUUGACUCCGCAGUCCCACCAAACUUUAAGGUAACAAAAGCUGGUCUAGCUGAGUUUCCGGCUCUAAAUGGUCAGAGUGUCUCUUUCGCUGUUCUCCAGUAUCCCGCAGGGGGUGUGAACCCACCUCACACCCAUCCCCAUUCCGCAGAGCAUCUGUUUGUUGUGGAAGGUACUCUCGUGGUUGGUUUCAUUGAUACCGCCAACAAACUCUAUACUCAGACGCUCCAACUUGGGGACAUGUGUGUGUUCCCCAAGGGACUAGUGCACUUCCAAUACAACGCUGAUGCUAAAGAGCCGGCCACCGCCCUCUCUGCCUUUGGCAGUGCUAAUGCUGGAACCGUCUCGGUUCCUCCCUCUGUAUUUGCUACUGGCAUUGAUGAUGGAAUCCUUGCCAAGUCUUUCAAAACCGAUGUUGCCACCAUUCAGAAGAUCAAGGCAGGACUUGGGGGUAGGGCUUAGGUUGCAGUAGCACCGAGUUUUUCAUUGAGAUUCAAUGCCUUUCACCAUACUUCCAAUUCAUUUUGUGUUAUCUUUUCUUUUGAAUUUGAUGUUGAACAUUA